AUGUCACUUCAAAAGAUAUCUGCAUUUCCAGAUGGGAACUCUUUUGUUCAUUUCAACCACUCCAUUGGUAAAUUGGUAAUUGCCAACAGUGAAGGAUUAAUGAAAAUCCUAAACACCAAUGAUCCUGAAUCUCAACCAAUAUCGAUUGAUAUUUUAGACAAUUUGACAUCGUUAUCAUCUCAUGAAGAUAAAUCCAUUGUGCUAACCACCACUGAAGGGAAAUUAGAACUUAUUGAUUUAUCCACUAACACAUCUAAAGGUGUUUUAUAUAGAUCAGAAUUACCAUUACGUGACACUGUAUUUAUUAAUCAGGGAAACCGAGUAUUAUGUGGAGGAGAUGAGAAUAAAUUGGUUAUUGUUGAUUUACAAACCACUGGUGAAGAAGAUAGUAACAAUAAAGUUAGCACUAUUUCAUUACCUGAUCAAGUAGUCAAUAUUUCUUAUAACACAUCAGGAGAAUUAUCAGCCAUUAGUUUAUCGAAUGGUAAUGUUCAAAUCUAUUCCGUGGUGAAUGAACAACCAAAUUUGAUUUAUACUAUAAACAGUGUUAUCCCCACCAAAAUUCACACAUCGAUGGAUAAAGUUGAUUAUAAUGAUGAACAUCAUGAUGAAUUAUUCAGUACAAAAACUCAAUGGUCCACUAAUGGACAACUUUUAUUGGUCCCCACUAUUGAUAAUCAAAUUCAUGUAUAUGAUAGACAAGAUUGGACUAAGGUUGUUAAAGAAUUCAAUAAUGAUAAUGUCAAGAUAAUUGAUUUCAAUUUACUGGCACAAGGUAAUUUAGCCAUAAUGUCAUUAAAUUCAUUCAAAGUGUACAAUUUCAGUAGUGAAAAGUUAAUCAAUGAAGACGAUUUUGAGUUUGAUGAAGAUGGAUAUCCGUUAAAUAUUAUUUGGAAAGAUAAUAAUUUGUUUGUUGGAAGUACUGUUGGGGAGACUUUGCAUUUACGUAAUGUUGUCAAGGGUAAAACUGACGAUGUCUUGAACAGUUUAUUUAUCAGUGACGCUGAAGAGGAAGAGGAGGAGGAGGAAAGGGAAGUUGGAAGAAAAAAAUUGGGCGUGGAAGAAGACGAAGGUAAUGAUACUGAUGCAUUGUUAAGGGACUCUGAUAUUGAACAAGAUAUUAACGUUGAAGAUCGAAUUGGUCAACGUAAGAGAAACCGCAGACCAUAUAAAUUACACGAAGAAGAUGAUUUGGUUAUAGAUGAAGAUGAUAAUGAAAACUUGGGGUUUGAUGAUAGAGUGGUAUCCAAUGGAUAUAGCACUAAUGGACACAAAAGGUAUAAAUCUCGUUCACCAUCUGAGGCAAUACCUAAAAUAUCCAAAAUCAAACCUUAUUCACCAGGGUCUACUCCUUUUGAACACCGAGGCGCGUCUGCUGACAGAAGGUAUUUGACAAUGAAUAAUAUUGGGUACACCUGGGUUGUUCAGAACAAAGACACUACAGAUGAUGCUACAAGUGGCAGUGGCAGUGGAGGUAAUAGUAUCACUGUUUCAUUUUUCGACAGAUCACUAAAUACUGAAUAUCAUUUCACCGAUUAUCAUAAUUUUGAUUUGGCAUCAAUGAACCAACGAGGAGUGUUAUUAGGGACAAGUUCCACAGGACAUAUUUAUUACCGAUCUCAUAAUGAAGCAACUAAUGAUUCUUGGGAUAGAAAAUUACCAUUAUUAGUAAGUGAAUACAUAACCAGCAUUUGCAUCACCAAUAACGCCUCAGCAACCAACACGAUUAUAGUGGGUACCAAUUUGGGAUACUUGAGAUUCUUCAAUCAAUUUGGUGUAUGCAUCAAUAUACUCAAGACAUUACCAGUAGUCACAUUGAUUGCAUCAGCAACUGUCAAUGCCAAAUUAUUUGUCAUUAAUCAAGUGACCACCAAUGUUUAUUCAUACCUGAUACUUGACAUAAAUCAAGAUUACAAAUACAUCCAACACAAUGCACCAAUGCCAUUGAAAGAUCACACCCCGUUAAUUAAGGGGAUUUUUUUCAACGAAUUUAAUGAUCCAUGUAUAGUUGGCGGAGAAGAUGAUACAUUAUUGAUUUUACAUUCCUGGAGAGAAUCAAAUAACGCCAAAUGGAUUCCUAUUUUAAAUUGUCAUAAAGUUUUAACUGAAUACGGGACUAAUUCAAACAAGAAAAAUUGGAAAUGUUGGCCAUUAGGUUUUAUUGGUGAUAAGUUAAAUUGUUUGAUUUUGAAAAAUAAUAGUCAGUAUCCUGGUUUCCCAUUACCAUUGCCAAUUGAAUUGGAAGUGGAAUUACCAAUCAAAAAUAAAUUUGAAGAAGAUGAAGCAGAAGAGAAUUUCUUACGUUCAUUAACACUUGGUAAAUUAAUAUCAGAUUCUCUUAAUGAUGAAUUGCCUGGAGAAAUUGAAGAAGAUGAAGUAAUGGAAAGAUUAAAUCAAUAUAGUAUGUUGUUUGAUAAAUCGUUAUUGAAAUUGUUUGGGGAAUCUUGUAAAGAAAGUAAACUUGGUAAAGCAUUUAGUAUUGCUAGAUUGAUCAAAACUGACAAAGCAUUAUUGGCUGCUUCUAGAAUAGCAGAGAGAAUGGAAUUUUUGAACCUUGCUUCCAAGAUUGGUCAAUUAAGAGAACUGUUGGUAGAUAUAGAUGGGGAUAGUGAUUAA